AUGACAUCUCAUAUUGAAACUGUUGUAUAUGAAUAUUUUAAUACAAAGAAUGGCCAAUUUUGGGAGGAAAAUGGUAACGAAGUUAAGAUCGAUUUAUUUGAAUUCAUGUAUCGUCUUGUUUUGCGUAUGAAUUCUAUCAAUUUUAUCUCACCAAGAGUGUACAAAAAUCAUGUUGAUGAACUUAUUAAAAUUUAUACCGAAUUAGAUGCUGAAAAAAUGUUGCUCAAUCCAAUUUUAAAUAGUUUUAAAAGAUUAUUUUCAUUUAGAAAUAAAAUGGAAAGUUUGUGGGAUCGAUGGAUACAAAUUCUAAUGCCUGAUAUUGAAAGAUGUUUGGUGAUGAUCAAAAACAAUAUUGAACCAAGUGAUAUGGAUAUUGCCUAUGAAUUAGUGAAAUAUUCUAAACAAGAGUUGGAAAAACACGGAGAAUCAUUCACACCUCGAUUAGUUGCAUUUCUUUUUUAUUCAUCUUUAUUUCCAGCACAAGUCAACACGUAUACAGUUGCAGCAUCUAUGAUUCUUGAAUGGAUUCGUCAUGAACAUGAUGAUAUUGGACGACGGAUUAAAGAAGAAAUCGAUCGUGUACCACCAAUCGGUGAGCUCACCAUUGAAUACUUAAAUUCAAUGGAUUUUAUUCAAGCAUGUAUUCAUGAAGUCAUUAGAAUGCGCACUAAUUCUCAAUUAAGUAUGCGAUAUGCUGAAGAAGACAUUCCAUUAUCGAACGAAAAAUAUAUUCCAAAUGGAAAUCUUGUUGCAAAACCUAUGACUUGUACUAAGGACAUAUUUCUUAAUUCAGAGAAAUUCGAUCCCGAAAGACAUUUACCACCAAGGGAAGAAAGUAAAGCUGAUCGUUAUAGAGUGGCACCAUUUGGACGAGGUAAACAUACAUGUUCUGGUGAAAGAUAUGUUAAUAUACAGAUCAAAGUGUUACUUAUUCAAUUAUCGAGAGUGUGCAAAAUGGAAAUCAUGAAAGAAUCUAUCAAUUUUGAAGCGACAGUCAAUAAGAAGCAAUUAUCAGGACUAAGUCGUCCAACAAAACCCGUUUUCGUCAAAAUAUCAAAGAAAGAAUGA